AAUUUUUUGGGCUAAGUAUUAUGUUCAAUUUUCCUUGUUUUGAUGAACUGACUUCUCCCUUUCCCAUAACUUCUACUCUAUAAAUAAAAUUAGCCAAUUUGUCUAAAGCCCCCAUAACCAUAUAUUUCUCACCAAGAGACUAGCUACCAUAUAGUAACAAGGAUCAUGCCAGGCCCUUCCUCCCUUGCUUCUUUUGCUAAGAGAUUACAAGGCAAGGCGGCCUUAAUAACUGGCGGCGCUAGCGGAAUCGGCGAGACCACUGCAAGACUCUUUGCCCGGAAUGGAGCCAAGGUGGUAAUUGCAGAUGUCCAAUCCGAGUUGGGUCACUCAGUAUCGAAGAAAAUGGAGUCAGAAACUGGACAACCAGUUUCCUACGUCCACUGCGACGUUACCAAAGAAUCAGAUGUAGAAAACGCGGUGAACACAGUCGUUUCAAAGCAUGGAAAGCUUGACAUAAUGUUCAACAACGCAGGAAUCACAGGGAAAUACGAUCCAAGCAUAUUUUCAACAGAAGCUGAAGAUUUCAAGAAAGUUAUGGACAUAAACGUUUAUGGUGGAUUAUUGGGAGCAAAACAUGCUGCCAGAGUAAUGAUACCAGAAAAGAAAGGCUGUAUUCUAUUUACGGCAAGUCUUGCUGCGGUGAUUUACGGCGGCGUUCCACAUGCUUACACAGCUUCAAAGCAUGCAGUUGUUGGGAUAACCAAGAACUUGGCUGUAGAACUGGGGCAGCAUGGGAUAAGAGUUAAUUGCAUUUCGCCGGUGGCUGUGUUCACCCCUUCGGUUGGGCGAGCUAUGGGUUUGGAUGAGAAGACGUUGGAGGCAGUGAAUUUAGCUAUAGCAAACUUGAAAGGAGUAAAAAUAGAUGUAAACGAUAUGGCUGAGGCGGCUUUGUAUCUUGGAAGUGAAGAGUCUAAGUUUGUGAGUGGAUUGAAUCUUGUAGUUGAUGGAGGAUUCAGUUUGAGACACUCAGCUUUGGGCUUUGAUAAAUCUUGAUUCACCCAUAUUUGAGUUCUUGAGUCAGCAGAUUGAGAAUUUGUUGGUUUUGAAUAAGCAAGGGAAUAAGGUCUUCAAUAAAUAAAUAUUUUUAGCA